AUGGAGAAUGACGAACUUUCAAAGACAAUUGUGAAAGCUCCAAAAAAUGCCAAAUAUACAAGUCAUGAUAUUCAAAAACAAACACUUCAUGUGUUUUCAGUGAGAGUGAAAAAUGCAAUUCGUGAAGAAAUUGGAGUUUCCAAGUAUUGCAUUAUUGUUGAUGAAGCCCGUGAUGAGUCAAAAAAGUGCAAAUCUUUGACUUUAAAGAAUGCUAUAUAUUCUGCUUUGGCUCAUUACAAUUUGGAUGUUCAAAAUAUUAGAGGUCAAGGUUACGACGGGGCUAGUAAUAUGAGGGGUGAAUUCAAUGGAUUGCAAUCUUUGAUUGUGAAAGAUUUGCUCAGUAUGUUGAUAGACGGUGCCAAGCUAGCUCGUGGUCAUCAAGACAUCACCAUUGGACAUCAUUAUCGAGUAGACUUCUUUUAUGCCGCGAUCGAUUCACAAAUGCAAGAAAUUAAUGUGCGUUUUAGUGAAGAUGCGACGGAAUUGCUCAUGCUUAGUUCUGCCUUAAAUCCUCAAAAUGCAUCUGAGGCUUUGAGAAUACUAGAUAUAUGCAAAUUGGUUGACAAGUUUUAUGCACAAGAUUUUACAAGUGCAGAAAAAGAGAGCUUGAAGAUGCAACUAAAACAUUAUGAGCAUAAUGUAGUCAAAGGGUCAGACUUCAAAACACUUUCAACUAUUUCUGAGUUGUGUCAAUGGUUGGUAAAGACUAAUAAAUCUGCUACAUACGACCUUAUUUUUAGAGUGAUCGUGCUUGUGCUUACUCUUCCAGUUUCUACUGCUACUGCAGAAUGA